AACAACUUGACAGCUCCUAUACAAAUCGUUGAAACCACUUUAUUUGGGUCUGUGGGUCUAAAAUGGCGGAUCAAUUUUUAUUCAAGAACAAUUUCUAAAAAAAGCGUAAACUUGUUCACAGUGAAAAUUGUCUUGUUCAAUUUUUUUUAAUUUCGAUAAUUCAUUUUUGAAGACUUUUUGGGCGUUUGGUGUUGUUUUGUUAUAAAAAUGCAUCUUUGUUCCGAUGCAUUAUUUUUAAAUGAUUCAUGAUUUUUUGGAAUCAUCAGCAUACAAAGAAGCGGCGCUUAUACUAGUUAGUGAGCACCUUUAUUUAGUCUUAAGAUGUUAGGUAGUAAUAUUUGUAUUGCAAUGUAAAAGACACACACAAUGAUACUGGACUGUUUUGCUCCCUCUCCGAUAAAAAAUGAACUGUCAUCACUUCUGAAUUUCGUGGAAACCUUUGCACCGUACAUGUCGCAGCACCUAUCAGUUAGAUGCUCUACCUUCAGAAAUAAACAGUCGAAGUCAAACCUUUGUUAAAUGCGAAGUGAAAAAUGAUAAUCACAUAGCUAAAUGUAUUUAAAGAUUAACGACAAACUUUCGAGAAUUGUCAUAUGCGAAAGAUAUUUCAAGGGCAAUGGGAGAGGAAAAAGUUCACACUAGAAAUGAAAUCAAAUCAUGCAUUUUAUAUUUUACAUUCGGCACAAUCUGUAAUCCUUAAAUUGUUUGUAUUUAUCUUAAAUUAUUACGCUGUUUUGAAAUGAUCAUCUUGAUUAUCUCUUCCGAAUGUAAAUAAAGAAAACAAGUUCGUAAAAGACGUCACGAAAUUAUUUUCUCGCAUAGAAAUUUACAGUAUCGCAAUUAGUGGACGGCGUUCUAUGGUGGCGACAUCAUUCGAAACACGGUGGUUUCAAGCAACUUAGGCUAAACGUCAAGUUGCGGGAGGGUUGACUUAAGUUCUUUUCUUCUGAAAGCUUUGGAACGGAUAAUCGAUCAUCACAUCAGGAACGUUAGUUUAGUUGAAUAUCCACUGCACAAAAUGCAACAUGCAUAUCAGUGUGGGAAAUCCACGAUCACUCUGCUUCACGAUGUUGUUUACAACAUUGAGAAAGCCUUCUCGCUCAAGCAAUCUAGCUUAGGUGUUUUUUUAGAUAUUGAGGGUGCUUUUGACAAUGUGUCCUUCCAAUCUAUUCUGGAAGCGACACGCGGUCAUGGGAUACCUGCAUGUAUCUCGGGUUGGAUAACCGCAAUGCUUAGUAACCGCAUAAUUGCUCGUCACUGCGACAGGCUGAGAUACGGAAGUUGAGUAUUUGCGGUUGUCCUCAGGGCGGCGUUCUGUCACCUUUGUUAUGGAACUUGGUAGCUGACGGCUUGUUGAAGAAACUCAAUGAGCUUGGAUUUCCAACCUACGGGUUUGCUGACGACUACCAAAUACUAAUUACUGGAUUUUGCAUCGGAACAAUCUUUGACUUAAUGCAACAGGCAUUAAGAGCUGUCGAACAGUGGUGUCGACAAGUUAAACUAUCAGUUAACCCAAGUAAAACUUCAAUGGUUCUUUUCACGAAGAAGCGAAUAACAACCGGGGUUCGUCCCUUGCAGUUCUUUGAUUCUGAGCUACUGUGUGCAGAUCAAGUCAAAUACGUUGGAGUCAUAUUGGAUUGCAAACUGAAUUGGUCUGCUCACAUUGAGUUCAGAGUCAAGAAAGCGUGCAUGGUCUUCGGGCAGUGCAGACGAACUUUUGGAAAGACCUGGGGUCUUAAACCUAAAUACAUCUAUUGGACUUACACGACAAUUGUAGUCCAAUACUGUCAUACGGAUGCCUUGUGUGGUGGCAGAGGGGAGAGGUGGUGACAGUCCAGUCAAAGCUAAACCAUCUGCAAAGAAUGGCGCUCAUGGCGUUGACUGGUGCUUUCACCACGACUCCGACUGCUGCUCUUGGGGCACUUCUAAAUAUCAAACCAUUACACAUACACCUCAAACAAGAGGCACUAUCAUGUGCAUACAGACUGCAGGUUACUGGGCUUUAGAACAGUAACCAUGUUGAUCUUGCUACCAGUCAUACACGAUUGUGGUCACAAAUGGUUACAUGGGGUGAAGAUAUGCUUGCUCCCAGCGAUAUUACACUCGCAUGUAGUUUUCCUUACAGGACAUUCCAUGUGAAGAUUCCCUCUCAAGAGGAGUGGUUGUCUGGCUUUAUGGAAAGACAACAACAAACGCAAGUGGUCUGUUACACUGACGGUUCUCUGAUGGAGGGACGUGCUGGUGCUGGUGUCUACUGUCGUGAAAUGAGAUUGGAACAAUCUCACUCACUAGGUAGAUACUGUAUUGUAUUCCAAGCAGAAAUCUUUGCGAUUAUGUGCGGGGUACAAUCGGCCCUUCAACUGAGUUCGUCCAGCAGAGUCAUAAACUUCUGCUCCGAUAGUCAGGCUGCAAUCAAGGCCCUUAGCUCAGACAAAUCCCGGUCCAAGCUAGUGAUCGCGUGCCGAACCCAAAUCGAAGAACUAAGCAUUGUCAACACUAUCUACCUUGUCUGGGUGCCCGAACAUUCUGGUAUUACUGGAAAUGAAUGUGCUGACGAAUUGGCCAGGGCAGGUUCAGCGAUUGACUUCGUUGGUCCUAAGCCCGCGCUGCCAAUUUCGACAAGUUGGAUAAAGGAAAAAAUACGGUCCUGGGCUUUAUCCGAGCACCGCAAUUAUUGGAGAAAUCUACAAACGUGUCGCCAAACAAAGGCGUUUCUAGAACAACCGUGCCCAGUGAUUUCGAAAAAUCUCCUACAUUUUUCGAAGCUCCACUGCGGCAUGCUGACCAGGGCUUUAACCGGCCACUGCAAACUCAAUUAUCACAUGGAAACUAUUCAGCGCGCUGAGUCUUUUUCAUGUGAUCUUUGUGAAACCGACUACGGAACCUUAUAUCAUCUAAUAUGCAACUGUCCAGCGGUAGCGCAAUUGCGAUUUCGAGUCUUCGGCCGUCCGUAUAUAGACGAAACUAUGUUUGGACGACUGAAACUCAGAGACAUACUAAAGUUUCUUAUCCAAUGUGGUAAAGACUUUAGGCUUAUUCGCAGGCAAGUUGAACUACUUUAUUUUUGUUUGUGUGCUGUUAUUUUUCCCACCCUUCCAAUUCUACUUCCCCACACCUCCUUAUCCUUUCCUUCCGCUCAGGAAAUGAUGAAAACACACGGCAAGGCACAAAUCCCCGACUACAUACGGGGAACGUGCCAUUUAAGCCAAUAUAUUCUGAUUCCUGAUUCCUGCACGGUGUUAAAUUUAUAUGUUUUAAAGUGUGUGAAUAAUUAUUUGAUUACCUCACUGCGUGAGUGUGGCUCAAAAGACUUUUAUUUUUCGGUUUGCCGAGUACGGCAGAUAGUGUUGUGUAUGCAUCCGUUGACCAAACGACGGUACGGUGUAAUAUACUUGUAUUUAAGUGGAGAAUUCCACCCCACCGUAACCGUCACCGGUGCCAGAGCAUAUAUGUUGUGCGGAUGUUUGUUUACCACACUGCGCGAGUGUGGCUCUGAAAAAUUGCAGGAGGGAUGGUUUUGAAGAACCUUCCCGCAGCAGUUUUGGUCUUCCUCGAAUUUAAUAGAGAGGACAGAGAAACUUUUUUUUUUUUAUUCGGACUAAAGUCCGUGGUGUUGCCGGUGGGGAACUGAC